CCUUUGAGUAGCUGGUUAAUUCUUUGAUUGAUUGUAAGCAUAAAGUGAUUUGUUAUUGUUGAAAGUAUCCCUCUUACUCCAUUAUGUUCAAACUGGGAAACAUGAAAGACUUAAUAAUUGUUUCCCAUUAAUUAUAACAAUUUGAUUGCAGAAACUUUAUUUGCAUUCCUGAGAUAUUACUUUUCUUCUGAGAAAAUAUUGCUGUGGUGUGGAAGUGUGUGGGAAAGUAGCUGUGGAUACUCUUGGGAGAUACCAAGUUUGAAUAGUAGACCUUAGGCUGAAAGAUUUUGGGGUGGAACUACAAAAGAAGUCCUGUUCCCUUGCAGGAUCAUACAUGUGAUUAUUUAAAGGUCCUACUAACUACUGAAAUGGCAAGCAUUCAACAGGGUAACUUUCUUUCAUAAAGCAUUGUUAUAUACUAGAGCAAAACUUAUCAGGUUUUUGUAGGAAUAACAUUCAACAAAGAGAGUGGUGGGUUUUUCCACCUUCAAUGUUCCCUCAAGCCAUGUCUGCUUUUGGGGAUGCUCAUGAAUGGUAUAUGGGCGCUCUGAGUCGUCAAGAAGCAGCUGCAUGUCUCCAGGGACACCGCCAUGGGACCUUUCUGGUACGGGACAGUACUACGUGCCCUGGUGACUACGUCCUCUCCGUCAGUGAAAACUCCAAGGUGUCACACUACAUUAUAAACAGCCUCCCUGGGCGUCUACGGAUUGGGGAGCAUGAAUUUGACGGUUUCCCAGCGCUUUUAGACUUCUACCGCCUGCAUUACCUGGACACUACCACCCUGGUAGCUCCCUUGGGACGCGUUGUAGCCCCUUCCUCUGCCCAGCCACCUCCUGCUGGCGAGUGGGUCCGUGCCCUCUAUGACUUUGUUGGCCGUGACCAGGAAGACCUUCCCUUCAGCAAAGGGGAGCCUUUGCGAGUUUUAGCCAAGCCAGAAGAGCAGUGGUGGACAGCUCAACGUGCCGAUGGGCGUGUGGGUAUGAUACCCGUGCCAUAUGUCCAGCCUUGUCCAUAUGCUCAUCCCAGCAGCCACGGUGCCCCCCGACACGCUCCCGUAAUAGCCAGAGCAGUCCAACGAAGGGUGCCUGGUGCCAGUGACAAAACAGCAUUGGCCUUUGAGGUGGGUGAUCUCAUUGCAGUCACCAAGAUGAAUGUCAAUGGCCAAUGGGAGGGAGAGCUGAAUGGGCGCCGUGGACACUUCCCCUUCACCCACGUCAAAGUCCUAGACUCUGAGGAAACCAGCUGAACACCCAGUGGAGCACCUGAACUGCUGCUGACCCUCACAGGAUCACAAUGCUCUGAAUUCUGGAUUCCCUUUGAACUUCUUGAACUUUUUGAUGUGAAUGUUAAAUUAUGACCUCCUCAGUAGACUCUUGUGAUGAUCCAGCGGGAUGCGGGCGCUGUGACCAUCUUCACCUCCUCGACUUAGGAAAGCUGCUCCUUGAUAACAUUAUUCUUAAAUGCUAUUGUAGUUGAUUUGAUAUACUUUGACUUUUCUGGGCUUGUUCCUUUUUGCUUCCUAAGAACUUUUACUGCUAUGGCCUUGUGAUUUUCAAUUAUAUGCCCUUGAAUUUGCUUCAUUUGCAUCCUAUGACCUAUGAAACAAGAAGCUCUGAGCUUUCAUGAGGAACCCCUUGCCUUCCUGUUUCCCUUGGGCCUUGCUUGCUUGGAGAGAAGUGACCAUGCUUGGUUUUGACCAGAUAAACAGAACCGUGCAACUUCUUGUAAGAUCCCCGCUCAACUUGUUGUCUGUUCCAAAACUGCCUUGUUAAUUAAAGUUUCC